AUGCCGGGGUUCGUGCUGUACUUGUUCAGCACCACUCGUGUUGGCAGAUCGCACAGAGACGUGCGAAUACAUGGGGCCAUUGUGACAGAUGGUUGCGAGUUGCUUUCCGAGGAAGCUUGCCGAAGUGGUGCUUGGCUAGAUUCCUGGCUGCAGCACGAUUUCAGUGAUGCACAGUCGAGUAAGACUCCGCGGCAGACCAAAACGGAGUAUGUGCAGUGGAAUGUUUUGUCUGCGUGCACGUUCAAUGAGCAGUUGACUCUGCUGGUGCAACACUUCAAAGGAAAUCAAAUUCAGCCCUUUUGCACACUGAGCCUGCUCGGCCAAACGUUGUUCCGCGAAGCCGAGUUGCGUGCUGUGGGAGACAGUGACCAGACACUGUUCACAGCCCAGCUUCGGAAGCAGGGGCGCCUGGUGCGAAUGCCGAGGGCCUAUUUAACCACGGUCUUUCGCAAAGAAAUUGUGAGGCAUGUCAUCAGUCCUGCUUCCCUGAGCCGUUCUCUGCACGUGGAGCCUGUUGCCCCCCAGGCGGCCGGGCUUGGUCCUGGCGCAGGCCAGGUUCCCGCCCUUGCCGCUGUGGGGGGCCCAGGCGGUGCUGAGCCGGCUGAGUCAGCCGAGCCUGGCCCUGAGCCACCUGCGCCCGUAGAGCAAGUUGAGCAACUUCCGGGUAGGACCAGCCUGCAAGAGAUCCUGCUUGCUCAGCUGGGGUACAGGCUGUCCAGCACGGAGGACAUGGAUGAGAUCCUCCAGUUGUCUCGCAGAAUUCUGUUCGCGGAGAUGGAUGACAUACCCGAAGCAAAGGUAGCAACGCCGCACAAAGCCACCCUGCGUCGAUUCCAGCUGCGACUUGACAUGCUGCAUAGUCUGUCGCAGCGGUUCGUCAACGAGCCAGGGUGUAGCAGUGUGCGGCGUGCCAGGUACCUGUCGGCAGAUGCAUCGCCGCAGGGAGGGCACGACUACCUGUGCAUCCUGGAGGAGAUUGCGUCGCGCCCCAGCAGCUGGGUGCCGGAUGCUGAGGAAGGGCAGUUUAAUCCCUUCAAGGGCUUCGAUCAUUGCGUGCGUGCCUUGCCCUGCCAGACACUGGCACGAGGCCAGACGAAGGUGCCCAUGAAAGUGGCCUGCCUGUUGAAUUCCAUCCUGAUGGAACACGGCGUGGACAAGUUGCAGCACUACCGGCAGGAAGUCCGGGGCUGGGUGUCUGACCAAGGCACGGAGCGGGCCAUCUCCAAGUAUCCCCUAAGAGAUGGCCUUGCUGUGCUCGGGAAGCCGCUGCGCCUGGACAUGGAAGGACAUGACUUGCCCGCAGACGUUGUGGGUCGCGGGGGUGAGGCCUCGCGGCCCUUCUUUCACUCGUCCCUGGACGUUUCUGGCCUGAUGCACGUAGUCUACAAUGCCCUGGAAGCAGCUGUGACCGGACAGAGGCACUGGCCAAAGUUCCAGAAACAGUUGCGGGCAAUUUGCAAGCUGUGCGGAGAAAAGAGCUACCAAGAGGUGGUGGCCAACCAAAUGCUCCGCGCAGCAGGUGCAUCGGCCCUUGACAUCCAGACGUUGUGUGCCUUCAAUGCCAAGCAUCUGGACUGGCGCUGGGAGACCUUGGAGACAGUUUUGGCUCAGUGGUCCCCUCUGAGACCGGUGCUGCAGCAGUAUUUCAAGGCGGACAUGCUUGAGGCCACAGAUUCCGGCUUGGCGCUUUUGGUGUCCCAAGCUCUGCAGAGCCCGUGGCACGGACUCAUGCUUGAAUGGUUGCGUGACCUGACAGAGGCAGUGGGCAAGGAAACACGAUGGAUGGAAGGCAAGCGGUUGCCAUCCUUUGCUUUGGGCCACCGUGAAGCCAUGACGCGUUCUCUGGACCUCGCCGGCAGCAGUGAGUACCACAGAGCGUUGCUGAAUGCAAGGCCGGAAGAUGCGGCGGCAAUUGCAGACAUGGAUGUGGUGGUUAAACGGGCACUCGCCCACGCCCUUCACGACAAGCUUGCUUAUUUGGAGGCCUUGCCUUACAAGCUCGCGGGUGCUUUUGGUGAGUACUGUGGCUCUUCCUUGCAGAGAGCCAAGAAGUGUGUGCGGGAAUGUCUGCAAGAGUUCGAAGAGGCUGGCCGGGCAGAACUGCACCCCACCACAUUGGAGUUGUUGACGGGAAGAAGCCCAGUGGGGCAACAGCUACGUGCUUUUGCGAAGGACCCCGAGCGGUCACUCCACAAGUACCCCGAUGCUUUUGUGGCCAUCCAGGAAUUGAGCCUGGUGCCACUGGUCGAGCGACGAAUCGAGGGGGAGCACGCGCAGGUUAAGCUUGCGGCCCAGCGUGGCUUCAGAUGGGCCGGGCCGGCCAUGGUUUGUGCGCGGAAGCGCAGACAUCAGGUGCUGGCUAUGCUGGAGAAUCCCUCGCUGCUGCAAUGGGUCUGUCAAAACUGGAGGUCCCGGGACAUUUUCCAGAGAGUUCUGGCCCACAAGUGCCUGCCGACAACGGUCAAUCUCAUGGGCCGGUCCGAGAGAUAUGCUCGCGUGUAUGGGUACGCGGUGGAUGACCACUUCAGAGAUGUUGAGAAGAUGCAGCAGGCAGCCCGCGGCCGGGCUGCCGAGCUGAAGGCUUUACACCCUCCUCCGCAAGCAGCCUCCCACGACAGCAAGCAGAUUGUAGGGUUCUUGAAGGCGCAUGACAGGCUGUGCCCAGCUUUCCGCGCCGCAGGCUGCGGAGGCUGUUUGAGCGCCAACGGGCUAACUGGCAUCGGCGCUCGCCGAGACUGCAAAGAUGGGGUGGAUGGCCAGGCUUUCCAGGGGUGGGCGAGUGUGGCUUGCAUGCGGGCCCACAUUGACUGCCAUCUGGCUGGCACUUUGCAAGGGGAGGUGCCGGCUGAGUGGAUGCAGGCCCAGAGGCGACAACGAUGUCGCGUCUGUGGGCUCAGUGUUUCCGUCCGGCACGGGAUCCACCCGACUUGCCACCCCGCAGCUCGCGCUGCGGCGGGCGAUCAGCCCGACCAAGCCGGGGCCCCUGGCUUGCCGACGCUGGCAGACAUACAGGCAGGUGGUACUCGUACUCUCCGGCACGUCCCACCCGCAGCCAGGUUCCUUUGGGGGCGGGUGUUUACCAGGGCCUUGGCGGAGGUUGUGGAGCACAACAACCUCCGUGCGUGGAGCGAGCUUCUCAUGCUGCCGCAGUGUGUGCUGGGGGCACCCGCUCGAGGUGGACGACGCCAUCGCAAAGCCAUUGCUGCUUACACGCUGGACAGGCUGCAGCGUUGGCUCGAUGGAGAGCGCUCGGGUCUCUGGCAUGACAAGCAUGAGCUGCCUGGGCCUCGAGCCCGCAGCCUCACACCGGAGCAAAAGCGCGAGUUUGCUGUUGCCCUUGCCAGGGAGGGGUUCCACAAGAAGGCUUGCAACGCAUUGCUCUCGUCCGGCCUGUGCCCUGACAACGCGGAAACCGCGAAUGCUCUCCGGGCACUGCACCCUGCUCAGCCCGCUCCCGAGGUUAACUUCGAUGGCUUACCCCUGGCCGCUGAAGUGGUGCCGGACGUGGUCGCUAAAGCCUUACGGCAACUACCUGCUGACACGGCCCCUGGCCCUUGCGGUUUGAGAGUUCAACACAUUCGCGAAGCUGGGCCUCCUGGCGCUAGUCUUGGCAUGCUGGAGCACCUUGCUGCUACUGUCGGCUUGCUCUCACAGGGCCGUGCCUGCCCACAAGUUGCGCCGGUGCUCGCCGGAGCCUCGCUGGUUGCUCUGCCUAAGCCGGGAGGGGGCGUUCGGCCCAUAGCUGUGGGGGAGAUACUGCGCCGGCUGACCAGCAAGUGCCUCAUGAUGAUGGUGCGGGAUGACGCCCGCCAGUACUUUGCUCCGGUGCAACUUGGAGUCGGGGUCCCUUCUGGAGCUGAAGCCGCCGUCCACACUGUCCGCGCCUGGCUCCAGCGCCAUCAUGCUACGGCUGGCCACGUUAUGGUCAAGCUGGACUUUACCAACGCGUUCAAUAAUGUUGAUCGCAGGGCCGUCUUGGAAGCCGUUGCAGCCGCAUUCCCAGGCCUGGCACGCUGGACUGCUUGGUGCUACGGCCAGCCGGCACAGCUGCGUUUCGGGGCAUCAACCACGUUGCAGUCCGCUGGCGGCGUGCAACAAGGUGACCCUCUGGGCCCACUGUUGUUCGCGACCGCUUUGCAUCAAUUGGCGCAGGAGCUGCGGACUGGGCUUGCACUGACCAUCUUCUAUCUUGACGAUGGGAUCAUUGCGGGGGAUAUGGUCAUCGCUGUUGGCGACCUUGACCCAGAUACCCUGGGUCGGCACCUUCCUGCUCAGCUCUUGCAGGCCCCUGAUGGCUCGUCUAAAGUGCGUUGGAACUUUGAGCUUUUGGGGGCUGCGGUCGGCACCGAGGCCUUCGUUGCUGAGCACACUGCGGGCAGAGUUCAGAAAGCCGCGCCGCUCCUUGAAGCCUUGGCCGAGGUUGAGGACGCGCAGGUUGCCCUGCGACUGCUCAAACAUUGUGCUGGCCACUGUCGCUUGGUGCAUGGCUCCAGGUGUACCCCGCCACCUGGUCAGCUGGAGGCCCUCCGGCUCUUCGAUGACAUGGUGCGCAACUGCUUUUCCAGCUUCACUGGCCUGCAUUUAAACGGCUGGCAGUGGCAGCAGGCUGCUCGGGGCUUAGCGCAUGCCGGACUUGGCGUUCGAUCCGCUGCCGCGGACGCUUCGGCUGCUUACCUGGCCUCAGUUGGGGGCUGCCUUGACACCUGCCGUGCCAUUGACCCUGAAUAUGCGCAGGCGGGUUUGGCUGUCGACCCAGCUGUGGUGCAGGCGGCGGCUGACCUUGGCGAGCCUGUGGCCCCGCACUUGGCGCUUGGCAUGCGACAAAAGUCGCUUACUGCUGCCGCUGAUGUGGCCUCCUGGCGCACACAGCUUGCUGGGGCCAGUGCGACUGCUCGGGCUCUUCUGCAAUCCGAAGCCCAGCCUGGUGCGCGGGCGUUCCUUGCAGCAGUUCCCCGCGGAGCCAAGCGGAUGGAAACGGCCACCUUUGUUGCGGAGAUCCGUCAGCGCUUGCUGGUUCCGGACGCCCGGGAGGACACGUGGUGUCCACGAUGUGAUGGGGUCCUUGACAGCCUGUCUCUACACGCGGGCACAUGCGUUGCUGGCGGAGAGAGGGUGCUUCGCCACAACGCUGUCCGAGACGUGCUCUGCCGUUGGGCGGACCAGGCAGGACUUCAACCUGAAAAGGAGCGACCUGGGUUGCUGCUUCCGCAGCAGCCGGGCGACUUGGGCGCGCUGGGCCGACGCCCCGCGGACGUCUACCUUCCCAGUUUGUUUGGUGCUCCGGCUGCGCUUGACAUCGCCAUUACGGCGCCUCAGCGGCCGGAGACACUUGCGCUUGCUGGUCAGGAGGCGUUGGCAACUGCCGCGGCCUACAGACAGGUAAAGAUGGACCACCUGCAGACCGCCCAGCUCUGCUCGGCGCAAGGGGUCCGCUUUGUCCCUAUGGUGCUGGAAGCCACGGGAGCUUGGGAAACUUCGGCCGCAAAGAUCCUCCUCCACAUCUCGCGGGCGGUAGCCACGCGUACACAGACGGAGCCAGCGGUCGCACAUGCCGAGCUAUUGCAGGAACUCUGCGUGGCGGUAAGGGUGCACCGGGCUCGGGCGAUUUUGCGCCGCCGUGCUGAGCUGGCGGCGGAGUAG